AUGUCUCUGGCUUCGGCAGGCAUAUUUAACACCUCUUCAACGAAGGGACCGACACCAUCUAAGGGCAAGAGCAGUUCUUGGGACGCAAAUAUUUACGAAGUUCUUCUUUCUGCCAGUUCACUUGAAAAAUCGCUUCCUUUUCCCAUUGAAGGCGGUUCCGAUGAGGGUCUUUUUUGUACCGUAGGCAAAAACAUAAUUCCCUCUCAGCUAAUCUACCAUCCAAUAAUAUCAUCACCCACUCCAAAUUCUCCCAAAAAGAGCCCUUCUAUCCUUCGACCUGGUGAUAUUAUCCUUGAAAUAGGAGAUUAUCACAUUUCUGGAUUUACACACUUGGAUGCUGUACGACUCUGUGAAACUAUCUUUUAUUCCUCCAAAAAUGGUGAUCGACCCCGUGUUCUCCUUAAAUUAAUUUCCCCUUCUGCCCUUCCAACUGGUGAUGCCCAUCUCAAUCGGUUUCUUGGGGCUCAGUUUGAGGUCGGCACUCCAGAAUUUCUACUCCAGGAAGUCACGCGCAAUAAUAUUUAUCAAAGGGUUGUACCAUGCACAACGAGAGAACCAAGACCUGAAGAACGCGACGGAGUGGAUUAUCAAUUCCUUGAAGUGGAACGAUUUAUCGCUUUGGAGAAAUCUGGUCAUCUCCUUGAAUCUGGAAUGUACAAAGGCAACCACUACGGAACACCAAGACCGGACGCUAACGCCUCAGCACUCAACUUGACAACCAUUAGUGAGGGUGCUGAAAACACCUUUAAAGAGGGAAUGACUGAAAACGGUUCUUCCAGUAUCACCACUUCAGAUACAAAUAAUAGAAAUUCCACCAUUUCGGCUGAAUCAGCUAAUGCGAAAGAGGCACAGCAGCAACCAUAUUCGACACAGGUUCAACAGUCUCCAUCAGGUCAAGGUCUAAGCUACAUCCCCCUUCCAACUGGAUGGGAAAUGAUCGAGCAUCCAGAAUACGGCCUCUUCUACGUCGAUCACAUUCACCAGAAGACUCAAUACGAGCCUCCCACUCAAGCGGAUUUUGAGGAGUCUGCAAGACUCCAAGCCACAAUAACUGGGAGUUAUAAUUCAGCAGCCUCAUCAACUUCCGCAGAGAACCACCCGAAUGGGAAUGGAAGUAUACGCAGUUCUAAUGGAGGUUGUCCUGAGGUGGCUGGUUCAGUGAGCUCUGGCAGUGAUCGAUUUACGGAUGAUGUGGCGCAGAUCAAAGGGCCUCUGGUGACUGCAGUGCUAGUGAAAGGACCCAAGGGAUUUGGAUUCACGAUUAUUGGAGGAUCAAGUCCUGGACACCCUGGUUUUCUACAGGUCAUUCUAUUGUUGUUACAAAAGCACCUUAUGAAGGUUCGUCUAGGUGUCAAAAACGUGAUCCCAGGUGGACCGGCGGCUCAAGAUGGAACCCUGGGUGUGGGAAAUGUGAUCGUAUCAGCCAAUGGCGUGAGCGUUCUCGGAUACUCUCAUGAUCAAAUUGUUGCUCUGUUUCAGUCAAUCCCUGUUGGAGGCACUGUCUCCCUGACGGUGUCCCAAAGGUAUUCUCUGGCUCCCAAUGGAAAUCCUCUCGAGGUUAAGAAACCUCAGGUCUCCUCCAUAGUCCAAAGUGUAAAACCAGGGAACAAAGAGCCUAGUGUGCCCUUCGCUCCUCCAGACCUGUGUAUCCGCCGGUUGAAUACUUCACCAACCAUUUCUCAACUCUCCGGUGAAGAGGCUGAAGGUGAGGGCAUGAUGACCUCUGGGUCAAGGUCAAAAAGUGGAGCCGGAUGUGGCGCAGUUGUAAUGGUGCCAGUGUCGGUCAUCAAACAGCCCAAUGGAUUCGGCUUCACUUUGGCUGAUCAAAUUGGUGGGCAGCGAGUGAAAGAGGUGCUAGAACCCACUGGUCUUCGUGUCGGUGACAUUAUCCUUGAGGUCAAUGACAAGUGGGUUAAGGAUUUAACACACAUAGAGGUCGUCCAAGUGCUCAAAGCCUGCCCGGUUGGAAAGACUACUAAAUUUUUAAUCCAAAGAGGUGAGUUGGUAUUGACUAUCGUCCAAGAUGAAAAUUGA